AUGGCUCCAACUACCACGGCCGCCACAAACGGCGUUCCGACCGGAGCUGUCGUGGGUCACCAACGCCGCCCGACCAAGACGCACGUUGUGCCUGUGUUGCCGCUUCCCUUGGACCGAAAGCAUCGGGAGCAGCGCCAACAGCGUGAGAUGCGCGCCGCUCAAGCGGCUGCACCGUCGACACCAACAGCCACCGCUCACAACCACGCAAGCGCCCUGCCUCGCGAUGCUCCGGCCGCAGACUCGAACGCGCGCCUCCAGGCAAACGGCAAGACCGACUGCUCUCCUCGCCGUGAACUCCCUACCGCAACGGGCCAGAAGAACAAGGAUUCCGGAUCUACCGCUUGCGAGAACCACUCCGCCGUCCGUCAAGGUAUGCAGACUACGAUCACACCCCGCACAUCGCCCCUUCCCGUUUGCCGUAACUUUGUGUCUGAUCAAGCUCUUUCACCAGCUUCAGUGCCGCCUGCCGCCAAUGCACCACCUAUGCCCAGGCAGCCCCUAGCUGCUAAUCACUUCACGAACACUAUGGGUGCACCGCCGCCGCCGCCUCAUUCUGCCACAUUCCCUGGUUUCGUCCCUCCGCCUCAAAUGGUCGAUAUCCAUUCCCGUGGCAAGGAGAACAUACCGCCGACUUCAAGCGGUAUCAUGAUGCCGCCUCAGCAGCUGCCGUUCCGUCCUCCUCCACAUCAACUACACCAUCCUCAUCCAAGCGAAGGCAGCAUUAUGUUUGGUGGUUUCCAGGACUCCAACAACACCUCGCCUGGUCCUGCUUCUGCUGGCAUGUAUCCGCCACCGGGCAUCCACUUCAACGAGCAUCCGCAAGCGCCCAAUGGUCACCCACACGCAUGGCAGCCAGAGCAUGCUAACGACGGUGGCCCGGUGUACCCUCCCGCAUUUGCUCCAAAUGUCAUCCCUUCGCCAUCUCACAGUUUCCAGGGAUCAAUGUCUUCCCAAACGGCCGAGAGUGGUCCUAACCGUGAAGAGAACGGCCACAGCCAUAUGCCUCCUCCUGUCAUGAUGAACAACGGCAUGGCUAACGGCCACCACAUGGAAAACCACCACGCGGUCCUCCCCGUCAUGCCGCCGAAUUCGACCCAUCCUACCCCGCCUCGCUUCAUCUCUCAGAUCCACCAGCACGAGAUACAAAAGUACUUUGAGUUCAACUUCAACAACCCUGCAUCUGCCGAUUGCCAGAUUGUGAUUAGAUUCUCUCCGGAUUCCGAUAACAACCCAUGGCGUGUUCCUGUUCAGCUCUUUGGUCAUCGCUUCAUCCUUAGCAUCAGCCCCGCGUUGCGGGCCCACUUGCGGCAAACUGGUAACGAUAGAGACGUUGCAAUUCUCUUCAAUGACCCGUACCUCAGGACAGACGUAAUGUGGGACUGUCUCGCUAGUCUCUACGGCCGUCCUCUCUCGGAUAUUCCGGAAGGUGAUUUUGCUCGCGCAGCUGCCUUUCUCGCCACCGGCUGUGUUUUGCAGCUGAGCUCCAUUAUCCGGAAGGGUGUCGAGGACGUCAUGCACAGCAUUCAAAACUGGGAGACUCUGGAGCGUGCUAUCGAGCUGGUCUUCCAUGGCACCACUGACUUCAUCAACGACGUCUCGUACUUGCAGCCAUCCCAUGAGAUUCGCUACAGGCAUGGACCGGCUUCCCAUGCUCUGAUGGAAUUCAUCGUCGAGUGGAUCAUCAGGCACAUUCCGGUCAACUAUUCCCUGGACAACACUUUCCAGCUCCCAAGUUACAGCCGCCUCCCCAACGUUUCCAUGCCCACGCGACAGGAUAUGUCUCCCGAGGAGACGCUGGCGCCUACCGUACAAGCGCCUACAAAGGAGAAGAACCCCAUGCUUAAGAUGAUGAAGUUUGGUGACUUGCCCCUAGCAUCAUCGCAGCCCAACCGAGAGGAGAAUGGCCACUCCCCGGCGAGCUCUGUCCCCUCAAGUUCUCCCAUCAAGGUCAAUGCGAUCAUCUCUCGGAUCCUCAUCAACUUGCCUUUCGCAAUGCUUAAGGAUAUUGUUGCGUUCAAGGAUGCCGGCAACUUUGAUGGCUUGAUGACCACCCCUCUUCGCCACCAAAUCUUCUCACAGAUCAUCAAAGAACGCGAAAGCCGUCGCUUGGAGGUUUUGGAGGCUAUCAAGGCGGGCAAAUGGACAGAUGCUUCGAUCAAGACUCGUCUUGCAUCAGAUGGAGAAGAUGCUGGCUCCCAAAGGUGGGACGUACUCGGAUGGAAAGAGACGUACAUUUUCAAGGACGGCGCCUCCGACAUCUUCCGCCAAUGGGAGCCUGUCAGGCUUCACUAA